GAACGACUCGUAAAGAAACUGCUUUGUACGCAAGAAGUUGAAGAAAGACGUUAUACCAGUUUGAAGCGAGUUCGUUGUUCUUCAAAAGCGGCCUUAGUUUUUCUCUUAAGACGAAUUAAUAGGACACAUACAAGUGUACCAACCGAAAGGACGAUUAUGGUGACAAUCCUCUUUCAACAUGUCGCUGCCAGUGAUACGCAUUUUAUGUCUCACAUUUAAUCUGCUGUUAACGUGUUCGUCCAAGUCGUCAAACUCGGAGAUAGCCGAAACUCUUCAUCGACCUAUCAGGAGCUUGUCAUUUCCAGAAGCUAGUACGAUGGGUAUCUUCCUCGCUAUCGCUGUGCCACUCGAAGAUCCCCAGAAAUCGAUUUCCUUGUCGUAUUUCUUCGAAGCCAGCUACAAUUUACCCUCGAACUUGUCGUACUUCGAACCUUGGUCGGCGAAGGCUUCGGGAGGAGAAAGAAAAAGAAGGAGCAGCAUCGACAGAACCACGAUCUACCGGGUACUCGAAAGUAAAUUCAAGAGCUCGGGAUAUCUUGGAAGGGAAUGCCUACUGAAGACCAUCUGCGAGAACUCGGAAUAUCCUUUGAGACAUAACGGUGUCAUCGGUGAUAUCUUCCACGUCCUAUUCACUCCUACGACUUCGCGACAUGAGAAACUGCCGCGAGAUAUCGUCGAGGCCGAGCUGGUUGGACGUAAUGGAAGCUGCUCGAAGUAUCAACCGCAAUGCCCCGUGGGACUCUUCGACUUGAUUGGAGUCCUCGUAUGA